AUGUCGGGAACGGGCUCGACGUCGUCCUUAUCGCCGAACACUUCCGCGGGGCUUACCGGCGGAGUCGAGGGGGUCAGACCCUGUUGCGUCCGAUGUGCCCAGCUCUAUGUCGCCUUCCCAACGCUCCGGUGCGAUCCGUGGCACGAAGACCUGAAACCGAGGAAGGGUGUCAUGCGUGCAGUCACCUAUGGCUGCCACAACUGCCGGACUUUCCGCCACAAGUGUGUGCCGGUUCCGCAGACGCACCACGACAGACUUCGACAAGUCCAAACUGAGGCUGACAAGUACGCAACCGCUAAGCGACGGACGCUGGGAUUCAAAGAGUUUUGUGACUUGAGGCGGGCCCAACAGCUUUUCAGCGCCGCUUGUCGACCGGGCGGCGAGUGA